AUGAAGAUGCUGCUCGGCUACUCCCUCUGCCUGCUCAUUGCCCUCAGCUGUUUGAGUGGACUCGUCGAGAGUGGAACUCUGCAUCUGGACAGCUGCUCUGUCAAUGUUCACACACAUGAGCUGCGCAAAUAUUACUCUACAAUACGAUCAAAUGCGGUGAGUUUAACCACAGAAAUCAAGUGCAGAAUUAGAUCCUGACACACAAAAAUAUUCUAAAGAUCAAACUGUACAUUUAAGUAUGAAAAUGAAGACCACAAACAUCAUGAACCUUGUAAGUUUGAUGGAAACUUGACAGAGGCUUCUCUUUCCGACUCUACAGAUCGAUGGAGACAAUGAAAUUGGUGUGAAACUUCUGGAUAAAAAAUUAAUCAAAAGUCUCCAGGUAGGUCUUGAUAAUGUUUAUUUCGAUCCAUGCAUAUACAUUCAGAUCAAAAUGUGAGCUAUUUCUUGGCCCUUGGCCUUAGGGGCCCUUAUGCUUCAUUGACAUUUGAAGCGUAAGAUAUUUGUUUGAGUGCUGCUGGCCCCUGACUUUUAUUCCUCUUCUACACAGAACGGGCAGACUUGCUGUUUUCUGCGUCUUGUGAUGCGUUUCUAUGUUGAGAGAGUUUUCAGCAACUAUGCCUCUUCUCAGCCACAACAGCAGCGCUGCUCCAGCGCCUUGGCUAAUGCUUUUGUUAGCAUCAGAAGAGACAUUCACAAAUGUGUAAGUUUACUGUUUGAUACACUUCACAAUUUAGUGAACUGAGCAACAGUGAUCAAAAGUAUUAAUAGAAGUGUUUUCUGCUCUGUUUAGCACUGCCUCUGUGCAGAAGAGACACAAAGGACAAUUGACUCCCUGCACUCUGAGUUUGAUAAGGUAUGUUGUAUUUUUCUCUAUAUAUUUUCAUCUCAAACAAAUCUGGUUUUAUGUGCUGAUAUUUUCAAAGAAAAAGUGUUACCUACACAAAAAGAUCAUUUUUACCACCUUAUUUUAAAAGGAUGCCAUUUUUUGAUGGGCAUCAACAAUCUAAAAACCCCUUUUUUGCUUGAAUAUACCUGGAGAGGCAGGCAUACAAGAACAAUUGAUAUAGGAAAUACUGCACAAAGUGGCAGAUGGAUUCAGGGUAACUUUGGACGUACUUUGAGUCCAUGAAGAAUCAAGUUCAGCAGAUUUAAAUUUUGCCAUUGAAAAGUUACCAUUUAAAGUUAAAAAAAUAGCAGUAUAAACAAAAAUAUGACACUUUCAGUUUGUGUACAGUGUGGCUCAUUGUUGCUUUCUGUUCUAUCUUUUUUUUUUUUGGAGCAGCUGGAGAUAAGCCAGGCGGCACAGAAGGCUGUGGGGGAACUGGACACCAUGCUAGAGUGGCUGGAGGGCUUAAAAACGCACGCAUGAUCUGGGGAACCAGCAUUUGCACGGAGGCUUCAUCAAACUUGCUGUUGUUACAGCAACUUUUGACUGUGGAGGGAAAUUUAGAAAUGGGUGAACUUCACCUCUGUUCCUUUUUACAUUUCUUUUUUUAUUAUUAUUGGUCAACUUGAAUUAACUUAAAAAUGCUUUCCACUAACCUGUGGACUGAGUGUUGUGCUGUAUUUAUAUUUGAUAUAAUAUAAUGUUAAAUAUUUAUAAAAAUAAUGACUCACAUUUAGGCAAUGUGUGAGUGACUGUUAAUUAGACCGAAAACAUAUUGUGGACUUUGUUACCAUUUUUUAUUUCUGUAUUGAUAAAUUAUUUUCUAAUUAAAAAUCUCAAACUUACUAAAUGUCAAUGAUUUCUUACAACAUGAGUCGUGACAUCUACUCUAACUAACAUAGUGUGCUACAGUAAAGUUCCAGUGAGAAACUUUAUGUUUGUGCUUUUUGGCGCCCCCUGUAGACACAACAAUACCUGUUACCUUUUUGCUGGUUUUAUACAUGCAUUAGUUUUUACUUCUUUUUAAGCUCAUAAUGCUUUAUCUCAGCAGACAAAUUUUGUUUAGGACUCAAUGGAAAUCUUUGCCAUAAGAAUUGCAAGAGGAAAAGAAAAAACUGUUUCAGUAGUGUGCUGUUUAUCACUAUAAUUACCUCCUAUAAUAGCCAUCUCAGAUGUCAAAAAUAGCAAUACAUACAGUGAGUCUUAAUGCUGGUGUUCAGGCAACCAGAAACCCCUCAGAGAAGAUUUAAAUAAUUUGCAUAUGGUUUUAAUGUAACAGUGGCAAAAUUAAUGAUCGGCUCAAGUGUGACUGAUAUAUUUACACAAUCCUCAGCCUACUGUGAGUAAAGGUCAUUUAACAGUCCUGAUCUACGUGCAAGUGAACACAUCUUACAUGCACUUAAAACACAUAUUAUCAGAACAAAGUGCUGGUUACAACAGCCCCAUGGACCCCACACAGCACCAAUGUGCAAAUGCAUUUUCUCUUGAAGUCUGUCAAUGUAAAUUUGCUAAAUUUAAUAAUGGAAGCCAUCACAAGCUAAAUCUGGGGGCUCACAAAAAAGUUAAUGGGACACAAAAAUCUAUUUGAAGCUAUUUUAACGUCUUUAUUGUUAAAUUUUCGAAUGUGAAAACUUGUUUUGAAAAAACAAAAAGACAGCAAAGGACUGAAAUGACACACCUAUCCUAUGUUACCAUAAACCACCAAACCACGUCUCUGGAUUGUUUCUGCUUUUGCAAGCAUCUUCAUCUGUGUCCCUGUAGAUGACAGAGAUAAUGAAUAAUCAAAUCAAAUCAUAUCAAAUCAAAUUCUUUUUAUAAAGUGCCAAAUCACAACAGUUGUUAUUCCAAGACGCUUUAAAAAAAAAAAAGAGCAGGUCUAGACCACACUCAUUGUUUAAUGAAUAGCCGAAACCCAACCUUAAGAUGGGACAGAUUUGACCCAUCUCAUCUAACAUGAGUGACAGUGGCAAGGAAAGACUUCCUUUUAACAGGCAGAAACCUUGGGAAGGACCAGACUCAUGUUAGACAGCCACCAUGCCCCUGCUGAGUGAGAAAUACAGAGAGAUAGGGAGGGAGAAAGAGAGAGAGAGAGAGAGAGAGAGAGAGAGAGAGGUAGGGAGGGCAGUGGGAGAGAAUGAGAACAAGGGAGUAGGAGGUAGAGAGAAUGAGUCAGGAAGAGGGAGGGAGAGAGAUAAGAGAACAAGGGUGAAAGAGAGAGAGCCAGGGGACAGCAACAACAUUAAAACAACAGCAACAACAACAACAGCUCAUACAGGAUUAGGAUAUUCAAAUCCAACUUUAUCUUUAUGGCACUUUUCAGACAAAAAAAUGCAGCUCAAAGCGCCUCACAGAGGCUAAAGACAACAAUUAACAAAACUAAAACCCAACCCUGCCACCCACAUACCCACCCAUGGACCCACACACUCACAAAGACACACACCCAUCCUCACACACCCAGUGUGAGAUUCAGUAAUAUCUAAAAUUAAAAUAGUUGUAAUUGGAAGAGAUGCCUCUCCUACUUUUGGAGGAAGCCCUGAAUAUUAACCAGGCCUGGCCCCCCUGAUGAAGGUUUGGUCACCCUGGUAAAAAAAAAAAAAAACCUGGCCCUGUCACUGACUGUUUAUGUCUUACAGAGUGGAUUUGGUCAAGACUGUGCCACUCCCCACUCCAGAUUAAGAAAAAGACUAAGAACAGAGAUAAUUAAUAAAAUGACAUAAAAUAAAUAUUAAACACUUUGAUUAAAAUGAACAUUAGCAGUAAGAGAAAUAUAAGUAAUAUACAAGUAAUUAUGGACCAUGUUUAAUUAAUCUAAUGUGAUUACAGUCAGUCACCGAUGACUUAGUCAUGACGCUGCUGGAGAGCGUCAAAGUUUCCUUCGCUUUCACUUCCUAAAUAAUGUACAUGUGUUGAAGUGACCGAAGUUUGAUGACCUAAUUUCACCGACUUGGUCCCUUCCUCCUCCCCCACUUCUGAAAUUCCCACCAGGAUUAAUAAAGUGAUCUAUCUAUCUACACCAUGAACAACAUCCUGGACUUUGAGCUGAGCUGUGUCAGGAUUUUUCCUUGAGAGUAAAACAUGAUGAGCUAACCAGCCUAUUUCAUGGGAAGAGCAGCUCACAUGUAAUGCCCAAUUCUAGAGAGAAAAAAAAAAAAGAAAAUACCCUGCAUGUUUGAAGCACGUUUUACCUUUUCUCUUCUCAAGAUUCUACCUUUUAGCGGUCAAAGAGACUCCACAUCCACUGAACCAGCAGCAUCUCCACCCCAGCAGACCUGUACUCUACUCUGAGGGUAACAUCAACUACAGCUCUUCAGUCUCUCCUCCUGUUCACCCUGGUCCUGCUGCCCU